GCAGCUCCUUCGCUCUUCCUAUAGAAUACGCCAGCGAUCUAGAGAAGUGUUCGAAAACUGUAGUUGGAUUUUCGAAAUACUAGAUAAUGAGAUCGCCCGAACUUCGGCAUGGUGCCAUCAGCCAAGGAUCUGGGGGGGCAUACAUAAUUCUGCAUAAAUCACUUAUAGAUUUUUGUGGUGAACUCGCUUGGUUUAUACUCAAUACUAAUGCAAAUUUGUUUUCAGCUAUUGCUAUUUAUUUUACUGUUGCCAGACUUGAUAUAACUGGGAUGGAGCAUUUAAUGACAAUUGCCAGUAAGUUUGCAACGAUUAGAUUUUGUUGGCGAUUGUCGCCCACUUCAUUGUCGUCUAUUUAAAUGAUUACUACCCACAAACUUGUGUUGAACAAUCCUGUCUUUAUGAAUAUAAGCAUUUGCACGUGUUAAUAUAGUGAAUCUUCAUAGUACAAUAUUUGGCUUCUUUUUUUUUUAAAUUCGUAAUCUAAGGAAUUUCGCGUUAAGUUUAUUUUAUUUUAAUAUGGAUGUAGUUAAAGAAAUCUUAGAGAAACACCAGAAAGAUUUAGAAAAAUAUAAACCGAUAACUGUAGAAAAGCAUCUAGAAUGCCGUGUCGAUGUCGGAAUGAUGUUGAUAUCAGAUCCAAAUGAUUUAAAUGAACAAGAAUUAAAAGAAAACCGUGCAACAUACCUUUUACAACUUACACGCGAUAACACCCAGCUUCUGAUAAAUGAUAUUUGGCAGUUACCGACCGAGCGAGUAGAUGAAUGUAUUGUAGCCAAAUUACCGCCACCUACUACAAUAUUGCCUCGUUUACGCAAAGUACCAGGUCCAAAACCGCUUACAAAAUGGGAGAAAUUCGCCAAGGAAAAGGGUUUAACCAAAAAGAAGAAGGAUAAGAAAGUCUACGAUGAAGUGUUAGAUAAAUGGGUGCCAACUUACGGUUUCAAACGUUCGGAAUCAGAAAAGCAAAAAGAAUGGGUUUUGGAGGUGCCGCAAAAUGCAGACCCAAUGACUGAUAUGUUUCAAGAGAAAAUUGAUUUACGCAACGAAAAAGUGGCUAAAAAUGAAAUAAAACGUAUGAAAAAUAUUGUAAGAGCUAAAAAAGACCAAGUCCCGCGUAGUGGUUAUUUCGGCGCAGAAGUCGCUUCUUCCAGUAACUUCUUAACGGCUGCAACAGUUGCGAAAUCAUCUACAGCUUCGGUUGGAAAAUUCCAAGAAAAAUUACGCAACGAAAAGGAGGCGCGUGGUAUUGGUGUAAAAGAAUUAAUACCGGGUGCGAAGCGCAAAGCCUCGCACAUUAGUGAUCAACCAGAAAGCGAGGCUAAUUUAGAUUUAAUUAAAAGUGUGCUUAACAAAAAACCCAAAGUAGAUAUUGAGAAAGCUGUUUCUUUGCAAAAGCAAGAGAACCGAAUUGAACGUGAAAGCAUUGUGAAAGCGGCAGGGGGAAAAACAAAAAGCAAAAAGGGUGGAAAGCGAAAAGGUAAUCGUCAGUUUGCUGCCAAAAAACCUAAAGGCGGCCGAGGGCAAAAGGCUGUUGGUAAAAAAUCAUUUGGACGUAAGAGACGUUAAAAUACAUUUAUCACACUUUGAAGGCACAGUAUAUUUUAUAAAAAUUUAACGCCUCAUUUUUACUAAGACAUUAUCGAGGCUAAUUUAUUAAAGUUUGUAUUCAUUUCUUAUAAUUUUUCUUAAAUAAGUAAAUAGUAAGUAAUUUUCUCAACACUUCUGUUAAUAUACGAAAAGUGUGUACGGAUUUCCAUAUAAAUCUUUAUUUACUAUUUAACUUGAUUUGUUUGUUAUCAAAACACAUAUUAAAUUCCAGGACACUAAUAUAUUUCCGAUUUCCGAUAUUUUUAUUUUCAA